CUGACAAUGAGUGCUUUAAAUCAUCAAAAUGUGGUACAUCGUAUUAGUAGCAGCGGUAGUUACUGUUGCGAAAGCACAGGUCUUUGGGGCUCUUGGAUGUCCAACAGUAAAGCCACAGGCUAGUUUCGAUCUCCAAAAAUAUCUUGGUGAUUGGUAUGAGAUAUACAAAUUCAAAGCUAAUUUUGAAAAUGGACAAAAAUGUGCUCAUGCCAACUAUCUGUUGAAAGACGAUGGACACAUUAGAGUGAACAACUCUGGAAAAACUGCUGAUGGUAAAAUGGUACAAGCAUUAGGAGACCUAUAUAUGCCAGACUCAACUAAGCCAUCAAGUCUGAAAGUUAAAUUUGCCAGCGCUGCUCCAUAUGGAAAUUAUGUAGUUAUUGAUACAGAUUACACCAACUACACUCUCAUAUACUCAUGUACCAGUAUUUUGGGAAUCAGUCAUUUUGAAUUUGCAUGGAUUCUGGGAAGGCAGAGGACAAUGGAUCAAGCACUUGUAGACAGACUUUUUGCAGAACUAAAAAGUUAUAAUGUAAAUGUUGGACAUUUUAUGAAGGAAGAUCAAACUGGAUGUUAACUAAAAACUAUGUGAUAUUUGUAUUAUUGUUUUAAAAUUUUGCAUUUGUUAUGUUAUAUUUGUUUUUUUCUAUUGAAUAAUAAAAAAAUAAU